AUGCCUUCAACUGUCUUUGUCUGCGGUGCCACUGGUACCCAAGGCGGCGCCCUUGUCAAUCAGCUCCUCCACAAAGGCAUCAACAUUAAUGCCAUCACUCGAGACAUCAACUCCACCCAAGCCCAACACUUAAUCUCACUUGGUGUAUCUCUCGCGGAGGGCAACUUCGACGACGAACAAAGUUUGAAAAAGGCCAUGGUCAAUUGUACAAGUCUUUUCCUCAAUCUAAGACCCGACUUCACAAAACCCACCGGUGAAGUCGAUCAAGCUCGAAUGAUCCUCUCCGUGGCCAAACAAACUGGCAUCAAACAUGUCAUCUACACUAGCGUCUUGGGAUCAAACAACCCCCAAAAACUCCCCCACUGGAAGCCCUCCGGCCUGGUAGGCAUGCUUCUUCUAAGCAAACAAGCCAUCGAAAAAGAAGUCAAAGCCGCCGGAUUCGAAAUGUGGACUAUUCUGCGACCGGGCAAUUUCAUGUCCAACUUUCUAAACCCGCUUGUCCGGAUGUAUCAGGGUCUUGUUGAGACGGGCAAAUUCACGACUGCCUUUCUUCCAGAGACACUGAUUCCGAUGAUUGAUCCGAAUGACAUUGGCAAAUUCGCCGCUGCUGCUAUUCUUGAGCCGGUCAGGUUCAACCACCACGAGAUUGAAACUGUGUCUCAGAUGAUGACAGUCGACCAUAUAUUGAAGGAUCUAUCGACUGCGACCGGAAAGAAUUUUCAGACUGUUUUCUUGUCUGAAGAGGAGAUUGCCAAUCAACUUCCGCAGAACCCGACUCUGGGUCCGCAAAAGGUGAUGCGCGAUAUGUCAUUGCUUGUGGAUAUGGAGAAUGUACGGAAAUGCGGGAUUGAGCUGGGGACAUUCGCGGGAUUUCUGGAGCGAGAAAAAGAGCGCGUGGAUAUGACAUACCUGUAA